AUGCCGGAGCUUGUGCGGGCGCAGUCAGCAGUGGUACUUCGACCAUCCUACACCACAACGAUCUAUCGAACACGAUCGGUGCCAGAUUUCAGCUUAUACAGUCGCUACACUCCGCGAUGGCCGUAUCGAUACUACCGAGACUGGGACCUGUACGACGAUUAUUGGUACGAUCGCUAUUAUUACUACAGUCCGCUCUAUCGCAGCACGUUCUUCCCACGUCGCUACUACUACACCGACUACACUCUUAAUCCGUACAGUUUCUGGUACUAUCCGUAUAGCUACUGGACACGAUACAAGGGUUACCUGAGCGAUUAUCCAUCAUAUUACAGCCGUUACUAUUAUUAUUACGAUGAUUAUCCACGCUACCGCUAUUCAUAUUACUAUCCUUACCGCUACAGCUACUAUUCACCUUUUGAUCGUUACUGGCUUUCGUCCUCUUACUGGGACCGGCGCUUCAGGGUAAGUAUUGUUCCAGUUUCUUUGAGAUCCCUGGAACUUUCAACAAACAGCACUCAAUUGCUGCAGUGGGAUUUAGCAGUUCAAAGCAUGAAUGACUGA